AUGUACCAUCCGACGCGCGGUGGCGCACGAGGAGGAGCGGCCGAGUUCAGCUGGGACAAGGUCAAAGAGUCCAAAGACCGCGAAUUCUACCUCGGCAACUCGGUCGCAGCGCCCACCGGUCGCUGGCAGGACGGACGCGACAUCAACUGGUACAACAAGGACGCUUCUUCGUCGAACGCAGCCGAUGAGAGGCGCGAGGAGCUGCGGAAGAUCAAAGAGGCGGAGAUGGCUGCGUUGUACGCCAAGCUGGGCAAGGCUCCUCCCACAGGGGGUGCGGGGGCGGAGGUGAGGGUCGGCGAGCGGCUGGCAAGCGGAUCCGGUGGUGUCGGGAGGAGCGGAGGGACGGGAGCAAAUACGGAGGUGAUGAAGGAUGGCAAGCGCUGGGGGAAGCAGGGGGAAGAGGUUUCCGAGGCGGACAAGAAGCUUGCGAGGAAGUUCGCUAGGGAUGAGAGACCACGACCCCGAGGACAGACGCCAUCGCGAACACAGACACAGACGCAGCAGCCGAAGCAGGAGCAGGUCGCCAGAGACAUCGAGCCGACACCGUCGACGAGAGGACGAAGACGACAGACGCAGAUCAAAGGUCUCGCCCUCAAGGAAUGA